UACCUUGUAAAACGGAAGAUAGGAUAAGGUGUAAAAGUGGAAUUGGAAUGGCAAUGGCAGCUACUACAAGCUUUUUAUGUCUAGGUGGUACUAAGCCAAUGCCAUCUCUUGUCACGGUUGAAGCCAAAGCCAGAACCAGAAGAGAAGACCGCACUGCCCGCCAUUCUCGUAUCAGGAAGAAGGUUGAAGGGACACCAGACAGGCCAAGGCUAUGUGUUUUCCGCUCCAACAAGAAUCUCUAUGUCCAGGUGAUCGAUGAUACUAAGAUGCACACUCUUGCUUCUGCUUCCACUAUGCAGAAACCCAUUUCUGACGAAUUCGAUUACACUUCUGGUCCUACCAUUGAAGUCGCAAAGAGAGUAGGUGAAAUCAUUGCAAAGUCUUGUUUGGAGAAAGGGAUUACCAAAGUUGCCUUUGAUCGAGGUGGAUACCCAUACCAUGGACGUGUAGAAGCCCUUGCCGAUGCAGCUCGGGAGCAUGGCCUUCAGUUUUAACAUAUCUGUACUCACCCAUUCCUUCUUCUCAAUGUCAACUUAAUUUUUUAUUGGAAGAAAGUAUGUUUUUGUGAACAAGAUAUGAUUUUGAGCAUCUGAUAACAAAAUUAAGUUUUGCACUUCGAUUUC